UCUAGACUCUAGACCUAGAUCUAGAUCUAGUUAAUUGACUAGAAACUUUACGCUAAAUAGAAUGAUAGAUCUUUAUAACAUCUAGAUGAUAGUAGAUCUAAAUCUAGAUCACAAUCUGGUCUCUAUCAAGUCUAUCUCGGUCUUCGUAAGUCAAUACAUGAAAUAUUUUAGAAGUUAUCAAUGUCUCCCAAGUUUCAACAUCCUGUAUCAAAUAAAGCUUAUUCUGGUCACACGGAACAGUUAGGGCUUUUACUGUCUAAUGGCGCUUCAGUUGAUGCGUUGGAGCCAAAUGGCUGGACACCAUUGUUGUUAGCUUCAAAGCAAGGUCAUGUACGUACCGUUGAACUUCUUAUCCACGAAAGGGCCAACAUAAAUCAAUGUAAUCGGCAUGGAGAAACAUCUCUGAUGCUUGCUUGUAAAAAAGGUUUGAUUGCGACAGUGAAUUCGCUGCUGGAGAAUAAUGCUGCUUUACACACGCAGAGAGAAGAUGGCUGUACAGCUUUACUGUUGGCUUCGCUUAAAGGGUUUAGUAACAUUGUAGAAACUUUGCUGAAGCAUGGUGCUGGCGUCAAUCACCAGGAUAAAAAAGGAUCUACGGCACUUUCACUUGCAGCUUCAAAAAAUCAUGUGGAUACUGUAAAAAUUUUGCUUGAAUUUCAAGCGGAUGUUCAAAUGACUGACAUAAAAGGACAUAAUGCCCUGGUGCAAGCUGUAAGGAAGGGUUUCGUUGACAUUUCAGAAUUGCUGCUGGAUCGAGGCAUUGAGAGGCAGCAAGCACUUACCUUUGCAUGCACUAAUGGGCAUGAUCAGUGUGUGAGGCUUCUGUGCAAGAAAGGUGUUGAUGUCAACCUAGCUAACAGGCAUAAUCUUACACCCCUGAUGUUGGCCUGUGUGCAUAAACAUUUCAAAGUUGUUCAGAUACUGCUGGAAAACCAAGCUGAUGUUUCUUUAGUUGAUAAGAAAGGCUGGAGUGCUCUCAUGUUUGCCGCACAGUCAGGUAGCCAGGAAAUCUCACAGUUGCUGUUGGAAAAUUCUGCUGACGUUAACCAGGUCAAUCUGAUGCGGUGGAAUGCUCUUGCAAUCUCCUGUUUACAUUGUAAGGCCGAAGUCGUUGAAACCCUCUUGCGCCAUUAUGCUAAUGUCAAUAACGCAGAUUCGGAAGGCUGGAGGCCUUUAAUGGUAGCAGCACAGAUAAAUAAACCUUCAGCUAUUCUAGUGAUGGAGAUGUUGCUGAGACAUGGUGCGGAGGUCAAUUCCAAGAACACUUUGGGCUGGACUCCCCUUCAAGUGGCUGUUCUGCAUCAUCGUUUUGAAAAUGCUAAUCUUCUCCUGUCUCAUGGAGCAGACCCCCAAGUAUUCAACGAUACAGGAUGUAAUGCUCUUAUGUUAGCUCUCUUACACCAAAACAAAGAUGCUCUCUUGGAAAAGUUUAAAGAGUGUCCUAGCAUGCUGACCCCAUUUAUGAACACCUCACAACACACUGGUAGCCUUGACCUAUCUGAAAUAAUGCAGAAAGGUAUCCUUAAGCUACUAAGCCAACCUGAAUUCCGUAAGAACUUGGGAUCUCUGUUGCCCUGUAGAUCUAGUGAAUGUGAAAAGGUUCCAGAUCUUGACAUGACAAACAUUGAGGCACUCCUUCAGCACUUGUUGAAAAAACGGACAGACAAUGAAGAUUUGAAUAAUUGGAUGAAAGAUUUUUUAGCCGAGCUUAUAAAACUGAUUCAAAAGUUAGUGUACAGGAAUGCUCAGGACAGUGGCAUUUCUGUAUUUUUGCUUAAUAAUGUGGAGAAUUUCAGUGCUGAAAAUGUUGGCUUUGUGCUCAGUGACAACAGUAAGGUGAUUUUGACUUUACCAUCAGAUCAAUCAUCACAGGUUGAAGAUAAAGAAGAUACAGAUACAGCAGAUUCAUCAUCUGACAUCUGUUAGAGAACUUCUGAUGCAACGUCAAAUUUGCAUGACUUAAGCAAAAUGUAAUUAAAUGGGCUCUUCUAGGGUUAUUUAUAGAAUUAGAAAAAAAAGGGCAAAAAAUAUUUUUUAAAAUUUUCCUAUCUCAUUGAUUGAAUUUUGUACUUUAUAUAUUUAUAGAAAAUGGUUUGUACAUUCUAAGAGCAUUUCUUCUUUUUUUUUUUUUUCUGCCGCUACAGUCAUGAUGAAAUUUAAUCAUUUUUUUUUAAAUUAUUAAAACUAAUAGUAGGUCUAUAUAUCAUCAUCUGUCCCUUGACUUUCAUCAUAGGCGUUCUAUGAUAGCUCACGUGACCCAAUCCCUACACUUUUCUGGCCAGCAGCUGUUCUUAGCAGGAUAUCAAGAGAGAGGCCAGACCAUUUUUUUAUGUUAUCCAGCCAGCUUGUCUUUGGAUGACCCUCUUUUAAUUCUCUCUAUGCUAUACCUUGAAGAACGAUUUUUAACAGUCAUGUCUUACAAUACAACAGCCCACAGCCUGGCUGUUUUUACCAAAGCUGUACUUGUCUCUAUAAAAAAUUUAGUGUCCCACAGCCUGGCUGUUUUUAUCAAAGCUGUACUUGUCUCUAUAAAAAAUUUAGUGUCCCACAGCUUGGCUGUUUUUACCAAAGCUGUACUUGUCUCUAUACAAAAUUUAGUGUCCCACAGCCUGGCUGUUUUUACCAAAGCUGUACUUGUCUCUAUACAAAAUUUAGUGUCCCACAGCUUGGCUGUUUUUACCAAAGCUGUACUUGUCUCUAUACAAAAUUUAGUGUCCCACAGCCUGGCUGUUUUUACCAAAGCUGUACUUGUCUCUAUACAAAAUUUAGUGUCCCACAGCCUGGCUGUUUUUACCAAAGCUGUACUUGUCUCUAUACAAAAUUUAGUGUCCCACAGCCUGGCUGUUUUUACCAAAGCUGUACUUGUCUCUAUACAAAAUUUAGUGUCCCGUCGAUUGGGAUCAUCACAUUGUUACAUGCUGUUCCUAUUAAAUGCGAUGCUAAUGUAAUGAGUACACAGGAAUAUAUGUCAAUGCAAUGAUAACUCACACUGAUUACCUUAAGCACAACAGUGGCUGGUGCAAGUACAGUGAUUCAAAUACAAAUUUAUUGAAAGAACUUGGUCCUGUCAAGGGAUAUAAAAAGGGACCAAAAAUGAGCAACUUGGAAAAGAUUUCUAAUCCAAAGGAGAUUCCUUUACAUUCAUAUAUUCACCACCCUCACAUUUGAUUUGAUACAAAGUCUGUUAGAGCUUUACCAUGGUAGCAGAGUAUUUAUGGAGUUAUUUCCCCUUUUCAGCUCAUAUAAGAACGUACAACCAAAGUUUGAUAUGAUAGAAAGUCUCUUAACAGUUUCUCGCGGCAUUACUCUCAGUGAGUAACUUCGCUAGCGCUGGGGAAUGCUGCGUUACUCUUAGCGAGUGACUUGGAGUACAGUAGAUAAUUGGAGGAUCUAGGUAGAACGAAUUUGGUGACCCCAAAUGAAAUAGAAAAUAAAAACUAAACAGCGAAAAAAUAAGAUUUUUAUAAUUUAUUUAUUUUAUAUUCUUUAUUUAAAACCUAGUGUACUAGAACAACAAAGGUGGGCACAAGUUUUGCUAUUUCUUCUCUGAAAAAUUUUGAUUUCUGUGAUAAAUAAAAUAAAAUUAAUUUUAGUUUUGCAUUUUAUAUAAAUAUAGAUUGAGGGUGUUGUCGUGAAUUUGCUUAUUUGGAUUGUCACCCCUUAGUGUUUGUUACACUUGUUAACCUGUGUACUGACCGUAUUUCGUAGUCCGUGUUGUAAACUCUACUAUGUGUGUAGUUGUUUGUCAUUCAGUGAAAUAAAGCUUUGAAUGUAACAUGGUAUUGUUAUUAUUAAGUACAACAGAUGUGUUUAUCAAGAACUAGCCGGAUAUUACCCGCAGCCUGCGGGCCUUAAUUUAGGUAUUACUAAUCUAGUGGAUAUGGUCAAGAUGUAUCUCAAACUAGGAGAAUGUUCCAUUCACUUGUUUUCUUUCGUCACGAAAAUAAAGUAGAUUGUGAAAACAUGUUUACCUGUUAGGUCACAUAUUCAUAUCAAAUAUAAAAUACUGUGAAAACGGGUUUACCCGAUUCGCUACACAGUUCUGCCCUUUAAUAGAGAUUUAGUUGUUUUUUUUUUAAUUUUUGGGCCCCUUCAGUUAUGGGAGAGACGUUAAACAUACACUACAGUCUCCUCCAUGGUCUAAGGAACAAGUUUUAUCCAGAUUGGUCAAACAGUUUUGAUUUCUAUGCGUGACAUACAUACAUUCACCUUACUUUCUGCUUUAUAUAUUAGAUAUUGGUAUCAUGAAAUUGGUGGUGACUACAGCAUUUUAAAAUAUUUAAAUGAAAGUUCAAUGGAAAUAUUUGUUUCUAUUUAAACUUUUGUAAAAAAAAUUUUUUAGUGCUCAACGGCACAAGAGAUGCCUUGUGGUUGUUUCAGUAGGCCCAAUCAGCACCAUUAAGUUAUAUUUAGCAACAUUAAAAGUAGUGUUGUUUUUU